AAAUCCUACCUAAAGUUUGAGAUUUUUAUUGCAAACAAUUUGAAGAAUGUAAGUUCCCGCUUGGUACUCUUAACAAUUUCGAAUCCCUAUCUACUCCUUGUCUAGGGCUUAAUUUAUUCACGGAAAAUGCAACGAUGAAUCAAACGCAGAGCUUCACUCUAGUCGAUCCAUUUGAAGAACAGUCUAUUAUCUCUCUAAACCCUCGAACACUCCGACUUUCCAAAGAUGCGUAGAAAUCCAAAGACCUCGAAGCUGUACACCAGUAUAUGAUAUCAAUGGCAUUACAAAGCCCUGAUAAGCAUUUUGGGAAAGCAAAGUCAGUUGUAGAUGGAGGUUUAGAAUUCCUCAAUACCAAGAAAACUGAAGCUGAUAUAAAAGAGAAGGAAAACCCUCAAAAGCACAGACCAGGUUUAGUCCGGAAGCGUGCUAAGUUCUCUUUGAAGCCUGAUACAAGCCAGUCUUCUACACUCGUGGAACCAAGUCUUGAAAUUGAUCAGCUGCAGGAUCCAGAGGAAUUUUUUGCAGCCUUUGAAAAGUUUGAAAACACCCAAAAAGAGCUCAAGAGACAGAGAGGUGGUGGAGAUGUAGAUGAGGUUAACACAUCCACUACUGUUAGACAUCGUCGUCCAGAAAUACCAAGGAGAAAAGUUAGUUAUAAGCAUUAUGAAUACUCCAGUCAGUCUCAGGAUGAUACAUCAGUUGCUCAAGAGACAUUGCAAGAUAAGAUUGUAAGUCCAAUUCCACCUACUCAAUGUUUACAACAAGAAUCUUUCACACCCAAUCAGCAAUGUGAGGAAGAGGAAGUAACUGAAUCAAUAAGUAAGAGUGAGAAUGGGGUCCACAAGAUGUUUGAUGAAUUAAUGGCUAGUAAUAUUGAGAAUUUAGAUGGAAAUGAGGCGUUAUCCUUUUUAAAAGAGCGUAUGAACAUCAAAGCUGUUGAUAUAGAGGAUUUACAACUUCCAGAGUUCCAUGAAAUUCCUAGAGUUGACUUUAUUUCUCCAUUCAAGAAUUUACUACAAGAGUCUCACAACAAGAGCAUAUUGACUACUGAUACAACAGAAAAAGUAUUAUUACCCAACAAGUACAACCCCCCAUUCCAAUCUGUAGGUGGGUCCCCCACGCCACCUAGGAGGCCAUUUUUGGCAAUUUCAACAUAUGGAAAACAAAUGUUGGAAUCAAAGGAUCCAUUCUCCUCCACCCAUGGCCAUGAUGUUGAUUCACCUCCCACAACUUUUACUAAAAUCAUUAGUGCCAGCAAGGACAUGGUUUCUGCCACAUCAGCAAAAAAGAAUAUUACAGAAACUGCCACUGCCACUGGUGAUAUGGAAGACAGGGAACAUAAUGUGGAAGAAAGGGAUGCAGAUGAGAAUGUAAUUGAUAUUCGAACAAAGAAAGAUAUAAAUGGAAAUAGUGAAGAUACGGUGGCAAAAGCAGCAUCUGUUGUUACAGAAUUUAGUUUGGAUGCUGAGGAGAUUAUUAGUGAGGAGAAUAAUAAUAAUGUUGAAGAUGUGACAGAGAAGGCAGGAGAAGCAGAAGUAAAUGUUGUGGAGGAUUUGGAUUUGAGGCAACCAGGGGAAACAGAUGCUGCUGACGUGAACAUUGAGGAGGACAUGGGCAUGGAUACUAGUGGUCAAAGUCUUGAUAUUGUUCCUGUCCCUGAACAACAAAAUGAGGAGGAGGAGGAGGAGGAGGAGGAGCAUCGGAGGAGGAUAAAUAAAAAAACGAAUAAGAGAAAGAAGAAUAAGAUUGAUCCAAAAAAGCGUCGCCAGAGCCUUGCAGGGGCUGGGUCUAGUUGGACGUCAUCUGGAGUAAGGCGAAGCAGCAGAAUUAAAAGGAGACCCUUGGAAUAUUGGAAGGGAGAAAGACUCUACGCUCGAGUCCAUAACAGCCUGCCGACGGUUAUUGGUGUGAAAUAUAUAUCUCCAAGUAAGGAGGAUGGAUUCAAAUUCAAGGUGGAAUCUUUUGUCUCUCACAAGUACAAACACCUUGUUGAGUUGACCGCUCUCCAUUGACUUUGACUUUGACUCACUCACUUUUUCCCAUGCAUGCAUGUAACUUACUUACUUGUUGUGUUUGUGUGCAACACAAGAAAGGGUAUGUCAUCAGUUUGUUCCAUGAUAUAUGUGGUUUUGAAAGACAAGACAGCUAUGAGCUAUCCAUGUAUAUAUGUACAAGUACAACUUUACUUUCGAAUCAUUUAACUUCUUCUACAUUAAACAAUUGAAACAAGUUAUAAAAAAUAUAAACUAUGUCAUCAGUUUUAAAAUUUA